AUGUUCGAAAAACGAUUCUCACUGCCAGCGCUACUUCUGCACCUCUUCAUGGUAGACCUCUCCUGGAGUUUAAACUGUUGGAAUUGGAAUCUUGAGUAUCUUAGAGAUGAAGAAUUCAAAAUAGAAAGAACAGAUAAGAGACCACAAUGUCUUUUCCAAAUGGAUGUUCCUUGUAAUGUAACAAAUAUUGAAAGAUCCGCUCACUAUACAGUUACAUUCAGCGAGCACCCUCAUAACAGUUGUAUUCUCGACAUAGGAAAAAAAAAAACCAAUUAUCUGCGCCUGCAUUACGUGGUGAAAAUCUGGAAAGAAUCAAAGGUAUACAAGGCAGACACUGAUCAAGCACGAUGCAUGGAAGCUUAUAAGAAAGCAUGCGACAAUAAGGAGAUCAUUGUUGGAGGAAUUCGAAGGAGACCAGGUGAUAAAUAUAGUGAUGACUACGAAUCUCUAGAAGACAUUGAUUAG